AUGCUGGUCCCUUUUCUCUCCGCCCUGGCGACCCUGAUGCCUUCUCUUUUGAUGGGAAUUCUCAUCUUGUGUCUUCUCGGCUUUGGUGCAAUCGCCUUCAACAUCUUCGUCUACCCCUUCUAUCUAUCACCUCUGCGACAUCUCCCUGGACCAACCGACAACGCUUUCUUCUUUGGCCAGGCCGCAAAGUUCCUUCAGGUCCCUUGGUUUCCUGAUCUCUUCUGCCAGUGGUCCCGAGACCAUCCAGAUGCGCCCCUUAUCCGAUACCUGAACUUUGCCAACGGCGAGACUCUCUUCGUCAACACCAUCGGAGCAUACAAGCAGGUUCUCCAGACCAAGAGCGCCUUCUUCGUGAAGCCCGCCUUCGCCAGACAAUUUGCUCACGAGAUCAUCGGUGAUGGACUACCCUUCGUCGAAGGCAAGCUUCACAAGCUUCGCCGAGCAGCCAUCAGCCAGCCAUUCUCAGCUCCGCGCCUCAGGGAAUUCUACCCUACCGUCCAAGGCAAGGCGGAGCAGCUGGUGCGUGUUUUGUCUCAACGUCAUGAUAAGAAUGGUAACGUCGAAAUCGAGACCAAUGUUUGGAAGACAGUUCUUGAUGUCAUUGGCCUCGAAACGUUUGGCCUUGAUCUCAACCAUCUCGAAUCCAACGAGUCACCCCUGUUUGAGACCUUCACUACCAUGAUGCAGCCAUCCGCACUCGGUCACAUCGUCAAUUAUCUCAACUCCCUGGUUCCGAUCCGCCAAUUCAUCCCAAUCGCAGAAUGUGUCGAGUUCUCCAAGAGCUGCACCAUGGUCCGGGAGUUUAUUCUGUGCCUUAUCAACAUUCGUCGCAAUCUGGGUGAAAAAGGGUUCAUCAACAACCAAGAUGCUCUUCAGUGUUUGCUGGAGCACGACGAUGCUGAUUGGAACGAUGAGAGCCUUGUUGAGUAUGUCUUGAACCUCUUGGUUCUUGGACAUGACACCACUGCCUGCUCAAUCACAUGGGCCAUCCACGAACUCUCGCGCCGACCCGACUGCCAGCAGCGCCUGAGGGAUGAGAUCAAGAUCCUGGAUGACACUUGCCCCAUGGUAUCCUUUAACGACAUCGACAAGCUUCCAUACCUGCACAACUUUGUGCGCGAAGUUCUCCGACUCUACUGCGCGGUCGCAAUGGCACCUCGCCAGGCAACUGAGGAUGUCGAAAUUGAGGGAGUCAUCAUCCCCAAGGGAACAGUCGUCCAGCUCUCGCCCGCCGUCAUGAACACUCACCCCUCCGUCUGGGGUUCUGACGCUCAGGUUUUCAAUCCUGACCGCUGGAAUGACCUCAAGGGUGAUGCAGCAAGUGCAUACGCAUUCGAGACGUUUCACAACGGCCCGCGAAUGUGCAUUGGCAAGCACCUUUCCAUCAUGGAGAUGAAAGUGAUGCUGGUAGAAAUCGUACAUAAGUUCGAGAUCCACAAGCCCUUUGGGGACGAAUUCAAGGAGGUUGCAGUCGCUGGACCAACCUUUACUCUUCGCCCCAAGGAGAAGUUGGUGGUGCGCUUGGUUGAGUUGUAA